AUGACACAUCAAGAAUUAGUAAGCUGUGUGGGCUGGACUACUGCCGAAGAGCUGUAUUCAUGCAGUGAUGAUCACCAGAUAGUGAAGUGGAACUUGUUAACCAGUGAAACAAGUCAAAUAGUAAAGCUUCCUGAUGAUAUUUACCCUAUAGAUCUUCACUGGUUUCCAAAAAGCUUAGGCAUAAAGAAACAGACUCAAGCAGAAAGCUUUGUUCUCACAAGUUCUGAUGGUAAAUUUCAUCUGAUAUCCAAGUUAGGAAGAGUGGAAAAAAGUGUAGAAGCUCACUGUGGAGCUGUACUUGCAGGAAGAUGGAAUUAUGAAGGAACAGCAUUAGUUACAGUUGGAGAAGAUGGACAGAUAAAAAUUUGGUCCAAGACUGGGAUGCUUAGAUCAACUUUAGCUCAGCAAGGAACACCAGUGUAUUCAGUCGCUUGGGGUCCUGAUUCAGAAAAGGUUCUUUACACAGCAGGCAAGCAGCUGAUCAUUAAACCUCUUCAACCAAAUGCUAAAGUUUUACAGUGGAAAGCUCAUGAUGGCAUUAUUUUAAAAGUAGAUUGGAACUCAGUCAAUGAUCUUAUUUUAUCUGCUGGUGAAGACUGUAAAUAUAAGGUGUGGGAUAGUUAUGGCCGCCCGCUGUAUAAUUCACAACCUCAUGAGCAUCCUAUUACCUCUGUGGCCUGGGCUCCUGAUGGAGAAUUAUUUGCUGUUGGAUCGUUUCAUACUUUACGCUUGUGUGAUAAAACUGGGUGGUCAUAUACUUUAGAAAAACCCAACACUGGCAGCAUAUUUAAUAUUGCAUGGUCAGUUGAUGGCACUCAGAUCGCAGGAGCCUGUGGAAAUGGACAUGUUGUUUUUGCACACGUGGUGGAGCAACAUUGGGAAUGGAAAAAUUUUCAAGUUACACUAACGAAAAGAAGGACUAUGCAGGUUCGUAAUGUCCUUAAUGAUGCAGUGGAUUUGCUGGAAUUCCGGGAUAGAGUCAUCAAAGCAUCUUUGAACUACGCGCACUUGGUUGUUUCAACGUCUCUUCAGUGUUACGUGUUCUCUACAAAGAACUGGAAUACACCACUUAUAUUUGACCUCAAAGAAGGAACUGUUAGUUUAAUUCUGCAGGCAGAAAGACAUUUUCUUCUUGUAGAUGGUGGCGGUAUCUAUUUAUAUUCUUAUGAAGGGCGCUUUAUUUCUUCUCCAAAAUUUCCUGGAAUGAGAACAGAUAUUCUGAAUGCACAGACUGUAUCUCUGAGUAACGAUACCAUAGCAAUAAAAAACAAAGCUGAUGAAAAAACAAUCUUCCUCUUUGAGGCAUCAACUGGAAAACCAUUGGGUGAUGGAAAGCUUCUUUCUCAUAAGAAUGAAAUCUUGGAAAUUGCUCUGGAUCAAAAAGGACUUACCAAUGAUAGAAAAGUUGCCUUCAUUGAUAAAAAUAGAGAUCUCUAUAUCACCUCAGUGAAACGAUUUGGGAAGGAAGAACAAAUUAUCAAACUUGGAACAAUGGUGCAUACUUUGGCAUGGAGUGAUACAUGCAAUAUCCUUUGUGGACUUCAAGAUACUCGAUUUACAGUGUGGUAUUACCCCAAUACGGUCUAUGUAGACAGAGACAUUUUGCCUAAAACAUUAUAUGAAAGGGAUGCAAGUGAAUUUAGUAAAAAUCCACAUAUUGUGAGUUUUGUUGGAAAUCAGAUAACUAUAAGAAAAGCUGAUGGCUCCCUGGUUCACAUAAGCAUAUCACCAUAUCCUCCCAUUCUUCACGAGUAUGUCAGUAGUUCCAAGUGGGAGGACGCUGUAAGACUUUGUCGCUUUGUUAAGGAGCAAACCUUGUGGGCAUGCCUAGCUGCUAUGGCAGUUGCUAAUCGAGAUAUGACAACUGCAGAAAUUGCCUAUGCAGCCAUUGGUGAAAUUGAUAAGGUUCAAUACAUCAAUUCUAUAAAAAAUCUUCCAUCAAAAGAAUCAAAAAUGGCCCACAUACUAAUGUUUAGUGGGAACAUCCAGGAAGCUGAAGUAGUGCUUCUUCAGGCUGGCCUUGUGUACCAAGCAAUCCAGAUCAACAUCAGUCUCUACAACUGGGAAAGGGCACUGGAGUUGGCCGUAAAAUACAAAACACAUGUUGACACAGUUCUUGCUUACCGUCAGAAGUUUUUAGAGACAUUCGGUAAACAGGAAACUAAUAAACGAUAUUUGCAAUAUGCAGAAGGACUCCAAAUAGAUUGGGAGAAAAUAAAAGCCAAAAUUGAGAUGGAAAUCACUAAAGAACGAGAGAGAUCAUCAACCAGCCAGUCCAACCAGAGUGUGGGUCUAAAGCUCUGAUCUAAAGGUCUAAAGCUAGCCUUUAAGAAGUUUAUCUUUGAAAUGAAUUUUGAUUAACCAAGGACAACCACAUUUUGGUUGCCAAAGAAAAAGGCAUCGUCUUUACAGAUAAGCACUCGCUAUGUAUUUAAUACUAAAUACACAAUUGAAAAAAUGCAACACAAAAUAAUUGAUAUAACUCCAUCUUUUGUAUUUUUCUAGUCCCAUAAUUAGCAAAAUAUUACUAUAUACUCAUGCUUGUGUGGUAUUGAUCAUAUUCCAAUAUUUUGGAAAAUAAUUCCAGAUAACUCAGAUAAUCCAUUUUUUGUCUAUUACUUCAUCCUUGAAUCUUCAGCAUAAACAAAUAUUAAUACUAAUAAUAAAACAUUGGACUCUUUAAAGUAUAUAUGUUAUUAUUAAUUUCUAUUUGACUUGUAAACUGUAAAGUGCUUUCAAAAGUUAAAAUUUAUAUAACAAAAAUACAUGAGGAUAGAUCUGUGAAAAUGUAUAACGAUUCAGAUAACCACACACACCAAAAUUAUAUGAAUAGUAGAAGGUAGAAAAGUAAAUAGUGAAAGGUAGAAACAAAUAUCUAUUGACAGGUGAGUGCAUGUGUUGUAUACACACAAUGGAAUAUUAUUCAGCCUUAGAAGAAAUGAAAUUCUGAUAUAUGCCACGACAAAGAUAAGCCUCGAAAGCAUUGUGCUAAGUGAAGUAAACCAGAUGUAAAAGAUGAAACAUUGUAUGAUCCCACUUCAGUGAAGUACCUGGAAUAGGCAAGUUCAUAGAACAGAAAGGAAAACGGUGGUUACAGGACUAGGGGAGGAAGAAAUAGGGAGUUGUUUAAAGAGGAUAGUUUCUGUUUGGGAGGAACAAGUUCUGAAAAUGGACAGUGGUGAUGGUUGCUCAACAUUAUGAAUGUUAACACCACCAAAGUGUACCCUUAGAAACAAGGAAAAUGGUGACUUUGCUAUGUGUAUUUUAUCAUAAUUUUUAAAAUAUUUCUAUAAUGGAUAAGUAUUUUCUUCAUUCUCACUGAGAAUAUUCAGUCAAUAGGCUCUGGAGUCUGAAUUGUGAAAAUCUCCUUAGGUGAUAAACCUUUGACUAAGCUUAAUUUAUUAUGUCCCCAAAUUAAUUACUACUACCACAAAAGUUUUUAACAAUAACACAAAUGCCCCUAAGAAAGUCUUCCAUGAACCCAUUUUUGCAAAUUUAUGGGAAAGAGAUUACAUCUCUUACCCCCAUGUUAAUUACUAUGUCUAGCUUUCUUUUAUAGAAAUGUUUUCUUUUCAACUUGAUUCUUAUCUUUUCUGGAACAUUGGAAUAGUCUGUCUUGAUCCAGAUGUUGGGUACGAGUGUGCAUUCAGUUUGUGAAAUCUGCUACAGCAGUUUACUUGUAAGUUGGACUGUUUAUAUGUGUUCUAUAUGGUUCUCGUUCAAUGAGAAAUUUAAAAAGAAAAACUUGUUUUAAAGGGGUAUGUUUUAUGUUAUGUA